AUCUCGUAAAUCUCCUCCUAACUUUCCCUAAAUUACGGGAUUGACCCGCAUCCCCCUCUUCUCUUUUCCUCUUACUUCUUUUUACCUAUAAAUACAAACCCUCACAUCAUUUCUCUCUUCCGAAUACACUUUUUUUUGUUCUUUAAAUAAAUUUCAAUUUCCCAGAGCAACGCAUUUCAAUUUCUCUCUUUUUUUUUCCUUUUUUUGUAUGUGAUAUGGGUAUGGGAUACGGAUCGCCAUUAACGGCCUUCAAUGCUAACUCUACAGCCGUGGAGACCGCAGCUCUCUUUCCUCCAUACAAUUCUACUUUACCAAUGGAUUCCUUUCCUAAGGCCACUGCGGUGCUUCCCACUUCCACAGGUGUUGUUAUGAAAUCCGAUAGCGGUAUAACCUACAAUCUUCCCAUUCCGGCCAGAAAGCGACCGAGAGAUCAUCAUCAUCAUCAUUCUUCUACUUCUACACUAAACCGAUUCGUUUCCUAUCCUUCAUCGCAACUUCAUAAUAAUUCACAGAAGAAUUGCGGAUGUAAUUUGUAUUUUCUGGGUGAAGAUAUCUCAAUUCAGAUUCAACAACAACAGAUGGAUCUAGAUCUAUUGAUUUCACAACAUCAGAUGGAGAAGGUGAGAAUGGAAGUGGAGGAGAAACGGAAGAGAGAAGCGAGGAGAAUAAUGGAGGUAAUAGAGGUGGGGAUGAUGAGGGUAUUGAGGAGUAAAGAGGAAGAGAUAGAGAAGAUGGGGAAAUUAAAUUGGGAAUUGGAGGAGAGAGUGAAUUGUUUGAGUAUGGAGAAUCAAAUAUGGAGAGAUGUGGCAGAGACGAAUGAAGCGACGGCAAAUGCGUUAAGGAGGAAUUUGGAGGAAGUGCUGCUUUUACAGGAGACGAAGACAACGGUGGUGGUGGUGGAGGAGGAGGUGGCAGAGUCGUGUUGUGAGGGGGGUGGUGGUGGGGCAGAGGAAGAAGAUGAUGAGAGGAGGAUGAGGAAGAAGAAGAGGAAGCAGGAAGAAGAAAAUGAAGAAGAAGAGGAAGCAGAAGAAGAAGAGAGAAGGUGUAAGAAAUGUGGGAAGGAAGAAUCGUGUGUGUUAUUAUUGCCAUGCAGACAUUUGUGUUUGUGUACUGUUUGUGCUUCUUCUUUACAUAAUUGUCCUAUUUGUAACUCUACUAACAAUGCUAGUGUUCGGGUAAUCCUCCCUUGACACUAUACAAAUUACGUUCCCCAAUUCUCAACCACAAACAUCUUUACUCACUACUCAAAUAUUAUGUUUUAUAUUUCCCAA